AUGGAGGUCCAAUUGCCUGACCUGCCAGUGGCGCUAAUCUUCUCCUUCCUGGAUGCGUUCAGCUUGCUGCAGGUUUCCCAAGUGAACAAGUGUUGGAAUAGGAUUGCAGACAGUGAUCACCUGUGGAGAACACUGUGUCUGAAGAGAUGGGGCUUCUGCAACUUCACCUCUAAGAGUCUGGGUACACAGUCAUGGAAGCAGUUUUUCCUCCGCCAAACAAAGGAAGAGCGUCGGAUGGCACUGGCGCAACCAGAUGACUUUACCUGCAAAGAAGUAACUCCUGACCUUGAAAUCUUUGAAGAGGUGGCUUAUCUCUCAGGACAUGGCCUCACAAUGGAUGGACAAAAGAAGUCAAUUGUUUGUGUUGUGUCUUCGAAGCACACACUUGAUACCUGGGAUGUGCAAGAGGGCGUCGUGAUGUGGUCGAGCCCAGCCCAGCAGUCCAGAAUUGGGUAUCUGGCAACGAUCCCUCAGAUGCAUCUCGCAAUCACUCUGGAUAUCGAGGGGACUAUCAAAGUGUGGAAUUGUCAGGACAGGGAUGCUCUGGCUGCUUUUGCCAUGCCGCGGGCCUGUUCUUCCAUGGAAGCCUAUUUCUCAAAGGGUGGCCCAAUCCUGAUGGUUGGUGAUUCUGAAGGGGACAUCUACACAUUUGCAGUGCCUGGGUUAAAGAUUAUUUCAAAAGUCAAGGCAUUUCAUCAUAGUGUUGAUCUUCUACAUUGCUCUCCUGACAAGAAAUGGGUCUUUGCGUGUGGAAUACAGCAGUAUGUCUUGCCAAAGGCAUUUCUCACAGAGAGCUUACUGAAACCAUCAGAGGGCAGCUUCCCUGUGUCUCUGGGUCUCCCAUGUGUAUCAUGCUACAGAGCCUGCUGGAUCCCAAGGAAGGAAAGUAGGAUAACACUGAUGUUCCGAAAAGGCACUACCAAAACAACGGGAUUCACCACCUUUGAUCUAGCAACUGAGAGCACUGAGGGCCAAACAGUCAUCCAAGCACAUCAGAUCGGAAGUUUCCUGUUACCAGUUCACGUGCAGAGUCCUCUGUGGAUGGGAGCUGGUGCUGAAAACCUGAUCGUUUUUGCGAGCGGGCCGUCCUUGUUCCUCUUCACUAUCAAUGGCCUCCUGCUGCUACAAUUUCAGGACCACCAGAAAACCAUUGACAACUUGUGGGUGGAUUCUCUCCAUGUCCUCACUACAUCCUUGGAUGACUCUUUGCAUAUGUACAUGUGGGAGGAGGAAGGCCGCUAUCCUUAUCUCAAGAGCUGCUGUCACCUGGGACACAUGCAGCAUGAUCUGCCACUGCUGACCCGGUAA